AUGGAUAAUAUGAAUGUGUUCGUUAUGGAACCAAUACAACGAAUGGAAGAUCGUCAAAUUCGACGAUUACAACAAUUUUUUAUGUAUGGACUCGGAUUAUCUCUUGUAUUGACAAUGGGUGUUUUGGCUCUUUCAUUGUCAGGUUUCGGACGUGGUGCAUAUUUACAUGAUAUUGGACGUACAAUUGAACUUUUAAUCGCUCUUCUAAUUGUUAUUUAUUAUGGAUUUGGAUUUUUCUCUGCUCAUCGAUGUUCUGUGAAAUAUUUACGAAUAUUUGUUAUUGUUGGAAUCUUUAUUAUUAGUGUAAUUGGUAUUGGAAUACUGAUUUAUUUCAUAUUUUUCUUUAUUUCAUCAGCGAAUGUUGACAAUACGAAGAAAAGAUAUUCAACAUUAACUGUUGCAAUAACUCUGUUAAUCUACAUUCCGUGUUUUCUCAUAACUAUAAUCGUUGUUGUAUUCGCAUAUCUCUUGGCUCGGACAAUCGAUAUGGAUAAACAUUCGAAUAUGCAAACCAUUUAA